GCAAAACCUCAGCCUGGAGAGCGAGGUGGUCUAAAUCUAAAGAACACACUUACUUUGUCUCUCUUUCACUUGCCAACUAAACACUGCAAUUAAUACUGCUUAUCUCUUUGUGUAGCUUCUUGUUUCAUCUUUUUUGUUCCACCGACAAAAAUAUAUGCAAGCAAGAAUUGAUAGUUGGUUGUGAGGGUUAUGGAUUCUAAUUGGGUUUUCAAGUUGGUGGUCUUGUUCAGUUGGGUUCUGUGUAUGAGCUCAGGGUUGGUACAAUGUAGUGUUACGUAUGAUAGCAAGGCCAUUGUGAUCAAUGGUCAGAGGAGGAUUCUUAUUUCUGGUUCUAUACAUUAUCCUAGAAGCACUCCUGAGAUGUGGGAAGAUCUAAUCCUCAAAGCUAAACAAGGAGGUCUUGAUGUUAUUGAAACCUAUGUCUUCUGGAAUGUUCAUGAGCCCACCCCUGGCAAUUAUAAUUUUGAGGGGAGGUAUGAUAUAGUGAGGUUCUUAAAGAUAGUGCAGAAAGCAGGGCUCUAUGCUCAUCUUCGCAUUGGGCCUUAUGUGUGCGCUGAGUGGAAUUUCGGCGGCUUUCCAGUUUGGCUCAAGUAUGUUCCAGGUAUCAGCUUCAGAACGGACAAUGAGCCAUUUAAGAGGGCUAUGAAAAGUUUCACCGAAAAGAUUGUGAAUUUGAUGAAAAGUGAAAAUAUGUUUGAGUCCCAGGGUGGCCCUAUUAUACUCUCCCAGAUUGAGAAUGAGUAUGGACCACAAGGUAAAAAUCUUGGAGCCGCGGGACAUAACUACAUGACUUGGGCAGCGAAGCUGGCCGUCGGCUUGGAUACAGGGGUUCCCUGGGUUAUGUGCAAAGAAGAAGAUGCUCCUGAUCCAGUGAUAAAUACAUGUAAUGGUUUUUACUGUCAUAAUUUCUCCCCUAACAGACCUUACAAACCCACUAUCUGGACUGAGGCUUGGAGUGGAUGGUUUACGGAGUUUGGAGGACCGAUACAUAAGAGGCCAGUUCAGGAUCUGGCAUUUGCAGUUGCUCGAUUCAUCCAGAAGGGAGGAUCGUUUUUCAAUUACUAUAUGUAUCACGGAGGCACAAAUUUCGGACGCUCUGCUGGGGGGCCAUUCAUCACUACAAGCUACGACUAUGAUGCUCCACUUGAUGAAUACGGUUUAAUCAGGCAACCGAAAUAUGGUCAUUUAAAGGAGCUUCACAGGGCUAUUAAGCUAUGUGAGCAUGCCUUAGUUUCUGCAGAUCCUGUAGUUACUUCUUUAGGAAGUUCUCAACAGGCCCAUGUUUUUUCUUCAGAGAAUGGAAAUUGUGCAGCUUUUCUCGCGAAUUAUGAUACAAAAUCUGCUGCUAGAGUAAUGUUCAACAAUAUGCACUAUAAGUUGCCGCCUUGGUCGAUUAGCAUCCUUUCCGAUUGCAAGAAUGCAGUCUUCAAUACUGCCAAUGUCGGAGUUCAGGAAUCGCAGAUGCAAAUGUUACCAGUCAGUGCUGAUAUGAUUUCCUGGGGGAGUUACAAUGAAGAUUUGACUACUCUUGAUGACAGCUCUACGUUCACUACUUUUGGUCUUCUGGAGCAGAUUAAUGUCACUAGGGAUGCUAGUGACUAUCUGUGGUACAUAACUAGUGUUAACAUUGGCUCAUCCGAGUCCUUUUUACGCGGUGGCGAACUCCCUACUCUCAUGGCGCAGUCGACGGGGCAUGCUCUUCAUGUCUUUGUAAACGGACAACUUUCAGGUUCUGGUUUCGGGACAAGGGAAAACAGGAGAUUUUUGUAUACCGGAAAGGUUAAACUUCAUGCUGGAAGAAAUAAAAUUGCACUGCUCAGUGUUGCAGUAGGACUGCCGAAUAUUGGGGGACAUUUUGAAACUUGGAAGACUGGAGUGUCAGGACCAGUUGUUCUUCAUGGUCUUGAUCAGGGCAAAUGGGACUUAUCGUGGCAAAAGUGGACAUACCAGGUCGGGCUUAAGGGAGAGGCCAUGAAUCUCGGCUCUCCAGAUAGCACUUCUUCUGUCAAUUGGAUGGGUGCUUCUUUGAUUGAACUAAAGCCUCAACCUCUAACAUGGCACAAGGCUGAGUUCGAUGCUCCAGAAGGAGAUGAACCAUUGGCACUGGACCUGCAAUCUAUGGGAAAAGGUCAAGUAUGGAUUAAUGGUCAAAGUAUUGGAAGAUAUUGGACUGCAUACGCAGCUGGUAAUUGCAAUGAAUGCAAUUAUGCUGGCGCUUUUCGUCCUCCUAAGUGUCAGCAAGGUUGCGGUCAACCAACACAACGAUGGUAUCAUGUACCUAGAUCCUGGUUAAAGCCAAGACAGAAUUCAUUGGUACUUUUUGAAGAACUGGGGGGUAAUCCCGCUGGAAUUGCAAUAGUGAAAAGAUCAGUGUCCAGCAUCUGUGCUGAUGUCACUGAGUUUCAUCCCUACAUUAAAAAUUGGCAAAUCGAGAGCUAUGGCAAAGCAGAGGAUUUUCACAAACCAAAAGUUCACCUUCGUUGUGGUGCUGGUCAGUCAAUUACUUCCAUCAAAUUUGCAAGCUUCGGAACACCAACAGGAACUUGUGGAAACUUCCAUCAAGGAACUUGCCAUGCUUAUACCUCCUACGCCAUUUUAGAGAAGAUGUGCCUAGGAAAGGAGAGAUGUGCAGUGCCAAUAUCAGAUACCGUCUUUGGACUAGAUCCAUGUCCAAAUGUGUUAAAGAGGUUAUCCGUCGAGGCCAUUUGUGCUCCUAUGACUACAAGGGGUUAAUGUGCAUGUAGUGACUAGCUAACUGUAUCGAUACCAGCUGGAAAACACAAAUAAAGAGCAACAAGAAGGUACAGAAAAGAUUAGCGUAAUGUUCUUAGAGGUAAAGUUUGUUUAAAAGCCUGUGUAAAUCAUUUCUUUGGGUAGGUAAUUUAUAUAGAUCAAGGGGGUUCUUGUUGUGAGCUUCCUGAUCGACCCCGGUCUCUGGCCUUUUAAUUGGAAAUCAGAACCGGGAAUAGUUUAGCAAUUUGAGUGAUCUGUUAGUUGGUUUGAAUUUAUGGGGCAAAAGCAAACCCCAAUGAGCUCAUGUUAGGUGUGGAUCCUAGUAUGACAAUCUGAUUUAUUUGUACUCCAUGGUAGUUAAUAUGAACUUUCCGCGUUGUUCUUGUUAAAA